GACCCGAAUCUUUCCCCCUCGGCUCUCGGGACCCAGCUCCACUCCAUCAGCCACGGAGCCUCCGAACCCGCACCUUCUGGGGGAGGAGGACACGCCUGCCCUUCUCGAGAAAACUUUUCCUGCGGACUCGGUCGGGGCGGCGGUGGCAGGAAGUCCGGGCAGCAACCUCUCCGCCUGUCCCGCUCUCCCUGCCGGGUGCCGGCGCUGAGCUCGAGAUCAAGUUUUUCGGGCCCUUCACGGGCUACAGGCAGGUCCCGCUUAGGGAGGGACGCCCGUUCCGAGGAGGGCGAAGGCCGGAGACAAGGUGCGGAGCGCGGCCGGUAUCCGCACCCGCAACCGAAAGCGCGGCGAGCACAAGCUUGGAAGUGGGGAGCAUCGGGCGGCCGCUUCUAGGAGCCCGCCGUCCGCCUCCUCUGGGUGAAGACAGUGUCCUGGCCACGCGUCUAUCGAGGAAAAAUGAAGUUAAGCCGUCAGUUCACCGUGUUCGGCAGCGCGAUCUUCUGCGUGGUGAUCUUCUCGCUCUACCUGAUGCUGGACCGGGGUCACUUAGACUACCCCAAGGGCCAGCGCCGCGAGGGCUCCUUUCCCCAGGGCCAGCUCUCAAUGUUGCAAGAAAAAAUAGACCAUUUGGAGCGUUUGCUAGCUGAGAAUAAUGAGAUCAUCUCAAAUAUUAGAGAUUCGGUCAUCAAUUUGAGUGAGUCUGUGGAGGAUGGGCCAAAAGGUUCACAAGGCAAUUUUAGCCAAGGUGUUGGCUCACCUCUUCUGCCAUCGAAACAAUUGUCCCUCACAGUCGACCCUGAAGACUGUCUGUUUGCUUCACAAACUGGAAGUCAGAAUUCAGAUGUGCAGAUGUUGGAUGUUUACAGUCUAAUUCCUUUUGACAAUCCAGAUGGUGGAGUUUGGAAGCAAGGCUUUGACAUUACCUAUAACAUUAAUGACUGGGACACUAAGCCCCUUCAAGUCUUUGUGGUGCCUCAUUCUCAUAAUGACCCAGGUUGGUUGAAGACUUUCGAUGAAUACUUUAGAGAGAUGACUCAGUAUAUUUUUAAUAACAUGGUCAUCAAGCUGAAAGAAGACUCACGGAGGAAAUUUAUAUGGUCUGAGAUCUCUUACCUUUCAAAGUGGUGGGAUGCCAUAGAUAUUCAAAAGAAGGAUGCUGUUAAAAGUUUACUAGAAAAUGGUCAGUUUGAAAUUGUGACAGGUGGCUGGGUUAUGCCUGAUGAAGCUGCUGCACAUUAUUUUGCCAUAAUUGAUCAACUAAUCGAAGGACAUCAGUGGCUGGAAAAGAAUUUAGGAGUGAAACCUCGGUCUGGAUGGGCUAUUGAUCCUUUUGGACAUUCACCAACAAUGGCUUAUCUUCUAAAACGUGCUGGAUUUUCUCACAUGCUUAUCCAGAGAGUUCAUUAUUCAGUUAAGAAGCAUUUUGCAAUGCAUAAAGUGCUGGAGUUUUUUUGGAGACAGAAUUGGGAUCUGGGAUCUGGCACAGAUAUUUUUUGCCACAUGAUGCCCUUCUACAGCUAUGACAUCCCUCACACUUGUGGACCUGAUCCUAAAAUAUGCUGCCAGUUUGAUUUUAAACGACUUCCUGGAGGCAGAAUUGGUUGUCCCUGGGGAGUCCCCCCAGAAACAAUAUAUCCUGGAAAUGUCCAAAACAGGGCUGAGAUGCUUCUAGAUCAGUACCGAAAGAAGUCAAAACUUUUCCGCACCACAGUUCUUCUGGCCCCUCUGGGAGAUGAUUUCCGCUAUAGUGAACGCACGGAAUGGGAUCAUCAGUUCAAGAAUUAUCAGAUACUUUUUGAUUAUAUGAAUUCUCGACCUCAGUAUAAUGUUAAGAUACAGUUUGGGACUUUAUCAGAUUAUUUUGAUGCCCUGGAUAAAGAAGCUAGUAGAACGAAUAGCCACUCAUCACCGUUCCCUGUUGUAAGUGGAGAUUUUUUCACUUAUGCCGACCGGGACGAUCAUUACUGGAGUGGCUACUUUACAUCCAGACCUUUUUACAAGCGAAUGGAUAGAAUAUUGGAAUCCCAUUUAAGGGCUGCUGAAAUUCUUUACUACUUCGCCCUGAGACAAGCUCAGAAAUACAAGAUAAGUGCAUUUCUUUCAUCAUCCUAUUUCACGAAGCUUACAGAAGCCAGAAGGAAUUUGGGACUGUUUCAACAUCAUGAUGCUAUCACAGGAACCGCAAAAGAUUGGGUGGUUGUGGAUUAUGGUACCAGACUCUUUCAUUCAUUAAUGAAUUUGAAGACGAUAAUUGGAUCUUCCACCCUACUUCUUAUUUUGAAGGACAAGCACUCAUUCGAAUCUUACUCUUUUGAUACCCUCCUAGAAAUGGAUUUGAAACAAAAAUCACAAAGUUCUCUGCCACAAAAAAAUAUAAUAAAGCUGAGUGGAGAGCCAAGGUAUCUUGUGGUUUUUAACCCUUUAGAGCAAGAACGAAACUCGAUGGUCUCGGUCUGUGUGAGUUCACCCACAGUGCAGGUGUCCUCAGCUGCAGGAAAGCCUGUGCAAGUUCAGAUGAGUGCGGUUUGGGAAACAGCCAGUACUGUUUCACACACAGCCUACGAGAUCUCUUUUCUAGCACAGAUGCCACCAUUGGGACUGAAAGUGUAUACACUUUUGGAAUCAACAAGUUCAAAUCCACAUUUAGCUGAAUAUACCCUGUAUAAUGGUAACAUAGAAGAUAAAGGAAUUUUCAACAUGAAGAAUAUGAAAAAUGCUGAAGAAGAUAUAACUCUAGAGAACUCCUUUAUUAAACUGCGGUUGGGCCAGUCUGGGCUUAUGGAGGAAAUGCUAAAUAAAGAAGAUGGGACACGUCAUGAUGUGAAAGUACAGUUUUCAUGGUAUGGAACCACGAGCAAAAAGGACAAAAGUGGUGCCUACCUCUUCUUGCCCGAUGGGAAAGCCAAGCCUUAUGUUUAUAAAACCCAGCCCCUUGUCAGAGUGCAGCGUGGAAGGUUUUAUUCGGAGGUGACCUGCUUUCUUGAACACGUUUCCCAUAGCGUCCGACUGUACAACAUACAGGGAAUAGAAGGACAGUCUGUGGAGAUUUCCAAUAUUGUGGACAUCCGAAAAGAACAUAACCGUGAGAUUGCAAUGAGAAUUUCUUCUAGCAUAAACAGCCAAAAUAGAUUUUAUACAGACCUGAAUGGAUACCAGAUUCAACCUAGAAUGACAAUGAGCAAAUUGCCUCUCCAAGCAAAUGUGUAUCCAAUGACCACAAUGGCGUAUGUCCAGGAUGCCGAGCAUCGCCUGACCUUGCUCUCUGCUCAGUCUCUAGGUGUAUCAAGUUUGGAAAGUGGUCAGAUUGAAGUUAUCAUGGAUCGAAGACUCAUGCAAGAUGAUAACCGUGGCCUUGAGCAAGGUGUCCAUGACAACAAGAUUACAGCUAAUUUAUUUCGAAUACUACUAGAAAAAAGAACUGUCGUGAAUAUGGAAGAAGAAAAGAAGUCGAUCAGUUAUCCUUCCCUCCUUAGCCACAUAACUUCUUCUUUCCUGAAUCACCCCGUCUUUACAAUGACAGAAAAGGUCCCCGUGCCCACCCUUCAGCUGCUGGGUGAAUUCUCCCCGUUACUGUCAUCUUUGCCUUGUGACAUUCAUCUGCUUAAUCUGAGGACAAUACAAUCAAAGGUGGAUGGCAAGCAUUCCGACGAGGCAGCCUUGAUCCUCCACAGGAAGGGGUUCGAUUGCCGCUUCUCCAGCAGAAACACCGGGCUGCUUUGUUCCACUACCCAGGGAAAGAUAUUGAUACAGAAACUUUUUAACACGUUUACUGUUGCAAGUCUCAUACCGUCGUCAUUAUCCUUGAUGCAUUUACCUCCAGACGCCCGAAAUGUCAGCGAGAUCAACUUGAGUCCCAUGGAAAUCAGCACAUUUCGAAUCCAGUUGAGUAAGAAGAAAAAAAGCCAUGCUAUAAACCAGUUUAGUUUGUUUGUUUGUUUUUAACUUUUUCCAUCAACUACCACCACCGGUAUGAAUUGAUGCAACAAACGAAGAAAUGUCUGAAGACAACCUCUCAACAGAUUGUACUCAGGUGAAAUGCUAACUAAUUAUAUCUAUGUUGGGGGUUGUGAAGAGAUUGUUAUGAGUAUUCAUGUUACUGAUUCUUCAUUAAUUUUACAAAAAUGCCCAUUUUUACCAAAAUGGAAUAAGAAGCUGGUGGGUAAAAGCUAAUGGCCAAAAUAGUUGCGAUCAUUCAUACACGUUAGAACAUUUCUGUGUGUUGAAAUGUGUGGAAAAGUGCAAUCCACCCACCCUUAUGAUAUAUAUAGUUGGUUUUCACACCCUUUUCUAAUGUACCACUGACCCUUCCCUUCCUACCCUUUGUAAAGUAUUUCCAGAAAUACCAGAUUUUGAAUCAUUCAGUAGUAGAAAAAGAGGCAUAUUUUCAUUACUUGACAAGGUGGGAUAGGUGCAAUUUAUUCCAUUGUCACUAAAACAGAAGAAGCAUUUCCAUGGGUACCAUAACCUGUUCUAGGUACCACAAGGUGUCUUUUUACACAGCUCAUUUGAAUACAGAUGUUCUGAGAAGGGGUUUUCUAUUUUAAAAAUACCAUAUCAAAAUAA